UUGUUUACACUUUUUUAGGAGCUAAAUAAAGCUUGUAAACACACAAUCCUCAAACAAUAUUUUAACGUAGAUUAUCAUACAACUUUGAAAUCAGCUUAGCAAUGAAAAAAAGCAAAUAUCGGAAAUGUUUCCUGCGAGGUGUUGAAGUUCCUCUAGCAACGAGUAAUGCAAGAGUGCUAAAACCAACAUCAGGAGACACAAACAUCAUACCUAAGGAACCCAUAAAACGAAUCGAACCCGUUCGACGUAGUACGGUUGCAUCAAACAAGUUUAAGCAGCCGGAACUACACACCGCUUUGAACGUUCGCAAACAAAUCGAGAAGGUUAGCGCCGUCAAUUCGAAAGCGCCAACCAGCAUCGGAGAACUUACACCCAAGAGCAAGAAAUUUGUACGAGAAGAGAUAACCAAAAAACUAAAUUUUCAACACGAUGAGAACGUUUUCAAAGGUUUGGUACCGGUGAACGUUAAUGACUCGGUUCUGAUCCCCGUUGCAAAAAAGCCCAUCAUCCGCGCCAAGUUCGUGACGAAGGCGAAACGAGAUCCUGAACCCGAGUUGGCCGAUUUUCUCCGUCCCAUUCCCAAAUUUAACAUUGAUUUUGAUCCAUACCUACCACCGGAAUCGAUUCCUCGGAAACCAAACUUCAACAAUUUCGACAACAUUAUGGAUGUGUUCGCAAAAAUUGACGUAGGAGCUUGAAUAAUAUUGUUUAAUAAAUU